AGGUGAUCUACAAGACUCGCCAUGUGAAGGUGCAGCACAUCUACGACUGCAAAGCCGGCUUCAACAACUGGAAUUCCGGUUGGUCUUCAGCCAAGAAAAGCUGGUGCUGCUCCCAUGAGAGUCGAGGAUGCCCAGGCGACCAUUCGGGAAGCCUUACGAAGACCUAUGUCACACACGUGACGGAGGGCCGUCCUCACACCGUAUACCACACCCACCAUUACGUGACCCACCAUGUGUCCCAUGAGUAUGUGCCCACACACGUUGUCCACCACUGGGGUGGUUCGGGCCAUUUCGGUGGUGACAGCUAUGGAUCUGGAUCUGGAGCGACCACUGUUGUCCAUCACUACUCUGGCUCCGGCUCCUCUGGCUCCUGGGGUGGUUCCAGUGGCGGAAGCUCCCAUUCCUUUGGCGGCUCCGGGUCUUUCAGCGGAUCCCACUCCAUCGGAGGCUCGGGGUCUUUCUCCCACAGCUUUUCGAUGAGCUCCAGCUCCGACGGGGGGCACGCACGUCGAUUGCAAGAGAUUGAGAAUGGAGAGGUCGAUGGUGGAGACAGCACCAUUGAGGGUGGAGACAGCACCAUUGAGGGUGGAGACAGUAGCAUUGGAGGUGAGGCCAUUGAGGGUGGAGACAGCACCAUUGAGGGUGGAGACAGCACCGUUGAAGGUGAGGCCAUCGAGGGUGGAGACAGCACCAUUGAGGGUGGAGA